CACAGUUCGAAACAACAUGGCGGGUGGAUCUCCAUAAUGAGCGCAGUGACUUGCACCUCCGAGCCAGAACGCAUUAGCCGUAUUUGCAUUUAAUUGCUGGUUGUUUGUUUGACGUCCGUGCCGGGAGAAUUAGGCGAGAGACAUUAUUAUAUUCAGCCCGGCCAUGUGUCACUGGUUUCUUCUUGCAAGACCGAUAAACAUAUCCGCCGUGAAGUGUGGUGUUAAAAGUGUACCUCCGUGUGUUUCGAAUCGUCGACUUUACGGAAAUCAGUGGUUUGCUUCAAAAUUGAUAAGCUACCUUGUGACAAUUUCCAACAGAGAAUACAUUGGUUCCUAUGAUCCUCGCAUGGACUAUCGGAAAUAGUACUGAAAUGUUUCAGUGGAAAUUCUACUUGAGGAUUAUGCAAUGGAUAUGAUCAGCCUAUACAGAAUACAUUUCUUUUUACAUUUUCUCAUUAUCAGUUGUCGUACAUGUCGCCAGAAUUGACACACGUAUUUAAGUAGAAUCUCGACUUAUAGGUCAUUAUAUAUGGAUUAUUAAACGGUACGAUUUUAGCUGCUUCUAUUAGUUACAUUAACUAUGAAUCCAGAUAUAGAUUAGCGCUCAUCAUGAUUAUCAGAGUAUCGAUUAAUAUGCUUAAGAGAAAAGUUUUUGCAAUAUUAAAUCUUCGAUUAACGUUCUCAAUUCGUCAUAAUGGUUUGAAGAUGAUUAGCCAACAAAUAAUUAUACUGAAUAGAUAUUUAUGAAUAAUUUGUAAUCAUUUGUAAAAUUAAGCAUUUUUAAAUUGUUAAAAUUAUAUAUUUUUUCCAAUGAAGAUAAACUGUUACCGAUUAUCUAAUGUUAAACGAACGUUUACCUAUUUUCUAAUAAUUUAUUUUACGCUUUACGCUAAGUUAAGUAACUGAGCAAGACCACUUGCUCGCAAAUGAAUAUGAAUUUCAUUGCGAUUAGAAGUGCACAUGCGGGAACUUAAAAUGCACAGUGAUAACGAGGUGAUAACUCUUUUUAUUAUGCACAUAAAUCAAGACCUCUCACUUGACGUAUUUUACUGUGUUACUUUAACGCGAUUUGCAUGUGGCUAUAUCCUUUUAUUUAUAAGAUCAUUAAAAGUUAUUGAUUUAUUAGACCGUUUAUUGGCUGUUUUUUUUAAUGAUAUAAAUAGAAGAGAAAGCAGAGAAAUCCGAAAAAAUAUAUAUAAGUCACGUGCAGAGUUGGGUAAAAUGAUGAUAUCUAUGAGUUUUUAACAUGUCAUGUAGACUACCUGGUAUUAUACGUCGAAAAUGUAGAAAACGUCGAAUACGUCAACAACUAACCUAACCUCAUUUAAAGCACAUCUAAACUGUAUACCAAUGGGCAAUGAUUAAUAUUUUUUAUACUUUUUAUAAAUUGUCAAUCUUGAGAAAAGUUUGUGGAUGAAAUGAUGAGUGCCAAGAGUGCCAAGACUAAAGGUCGUGUAAGUAAUCAAAAAUAAGUAAAAUACCUAGUAUACUACAUGUCGAAAACCAUGUAAUUUACAUCGAGUAUCCUACCUACCCAACCCUGGUCACAUGUAAUCAAUUACGUUUAUAGAAAUAGUAAUUUUCGCUAAUUUUAAGUUUAUUUUACUACGUAGGAAUAGAGCAGUGCUACCACCUUGUGGAUAUACCGAAUAUGAAUUUUGAGGGGGUUGUAAAAUUACCUCACGCGUUUCAGGAUAAGAGAGUACUCUGCACUUUAUUGAUCUUUAAAGUUGAUAAUGUAGAUUCCUAGAGACGAACCUUUUUUUUUACCAUGGGAAAUAUCUGUUUUACCAACAUUAUAGAUUACGUUUUAUUUAUUUCUCAAAAAAUGGCGUCUUGAGCAUAGCGCGUGAUAUUCACCGUUGGAAAGACGUUAGAUCCUUUUAUACAUCAGAAAAAUAGAACCGCUUAUGAGUAGGAUGGACAGCGACAAUGAAGAUCUUCCAGAAUUGUGUGAAAUUAAAACUCCCAGCCCCUUGACAUCGAACUCAGAAAGCGAAAAUGAAAGUGACAUUAUGAUGCCAUCCAUAUUGGAAGAGAUUACGCCACCAUCCGAACCUGAAAAGUCAAAUAUCUUGAUUUCCGAAAAAGUUCACGUAACACGAGAUUCGAUAAUCUCGAAGAAUUCCAAGGAGGAGAUCCAAGAUGAUAACAGUUCUGAAGAAAGUUCACCGUCGGCAUUGAAGAGGCGACUUCAUGACCUUCCGAGGGUCACUGUGCCAAUGAAGAUGGCGGAUAAAGCUGCAGCUCGAAAUCGUCGAACUCGUCAAGAACGUGACGUUUACCUUAAUCUUCGAGGAUCUUCCAACAGGAUCGACGAGAAGGACGAGGUCGAAUUAACAUAUGACUGUAUUAAGCAUAUACCGAGGGAUGCUAGGGAGCGAAGAAGAAACAGGAUAGACUCUCCUUGGGUAUCUUCAAUGUCUGACAGUCAGGCGCUUUUUUCUGUGAAAUCUUUGCGCCAUGAAGAAAUUCCUAAUAGUAGUUCUAAUAAAGAAUUAAAAAUGCCAGAUAUUAUUCAAAGAAAAACAUCUUUUCAAAUGUCGGGAAGCUCUGUAGCCGAAGACUUUGAGAACGCUGAGAAAUUGAUAAAUCCACGGUACAGAUCGCAGGAUUCAGCUAGAUCGUUGCCAGGCGAAGUAUCUUUUGGUGAACGGCAUCAUUUUGAGAAACGUGUCCUGAAAAGUGCUAGGAAAGACGCUGUAAAAAGUGCUGAAUAUAAAAAUUCUGAUUUACAGCCUGAGCCUGGUUUCUGUUCCAUUGGCGACGGCUCAUCCCUCUUUACGUAUUAUUCUACGAAUCCUGGGAAAUCUAGGAACUGUCGGUCUUUCAUUGGAAAUCGAAAAAUUUAUUCCGAUACUGAUUCUGAUUCUACCAAUGAAGCUGUUGCUAGAAAAGUACGGCAAAAUCGUAGGAUAAAGAGAGCAUUUGAAGAAUUUCAAUCACGCAAUGAAAUUUUGGAAAAUGAAGUUAAGCAAAAUGAUAAAAUUUCGAAUGAUUCUCGUCCCAGUUCCGCAAAGAUCAAUAUGAUCGAUGGGGAUGCAUAUUCGAACAGAAGAGUUUCGCCAAUUUCGGAAAACGUACAUUUUCUUCCUAAUGUCAAGGACGAUCGUGAAAUAUAUUUUCCGGGUAAUAACGGCAAACUAAUGUACAGAAACAGUGUACGGGAUAAAUAUUUUGAAAAAAGGUCACAAAGUCAAAUAAAAUCAAGGAGGAAAUUUUUUGAAUUGGACAAUUUAUCCAAGGAAAUAAGCAACUCCGAAAAUAAUUCAAAUUGCUCCUCAGUUAAUUUGAGCGAUACUGCAACUUCCAAAAUAUCAAAAAAUGAAAUUACCGCUGUUAAUAUUCCAAUAUUGAAAUUAAAAUCGCAGGAUCUUUCACGAUCAACCUCAAUCACCAGCAAGGAAGAUUCAGAAAAAAGAGCCUUAGAUAUGAAGGCAUUGAUAACAGCUUUAUCGGAUGUUUCCUUAAAGCAAAAUGAUGACAAUUUAGAAUCCAAAAAACAGGAAGAACACAAAUUCUGUAUAUCUUCAGGGAAGAAAUCCUCGCAAUCAGCAUCCGUUACGAUUAGUAAUGAACAAUGUUCUACCCCCUUUGAAUUAAAUGAUUCGGAGAAAAGUCAUACAUCAAGAUCUCUACGAUACAAUUCAAGGAUUCCAGUGAAAGUUCAAAGAAGUUUGAAAACUAUGAAGAGAUCAUCAAUAAGUGAUAAUGAAUUCGAAAGUACUUCUGAAAUCGAAGAUUAUCGAGUACCCGUUGCGAAAAUUGCAAAAAUGAAUUUACUGUGCGAGCAAGAAUCUACGAAUAAUUCGGAAUUCGAUAGAUCCCCAGUUUCUUCUAGAAAAGGUAUAGAUUAUUCGAAAUCUGCCAAAACAAGUGCCAGAUCAUUGAAAUCUUUACACUCUCCGUGCAGUGAACAAAAAUUCAGUAUAUCCAGAAUUGAAAAUGGAAAAUUAAAUGAGCUGCAACCAUUAAGACGUCAAAAUUUGGAACCAAUAGAACUGGAAUGUCAUAAUGAAGCAAAGAAAAUAUUAAGUCCUAAUUAUGAAAAGGCUGAAAGAAAUUUAAAAAAUGAUAUUGAAAUGAUUAUUAUUAAAGAUUAUUCAAGUGUCUCGAAUGACAAUCAGCAUUCAAAUAAUUUUGACAAACUUUUAUCUGGAGGUCCUGAAGGAUCAAAUGAAAAUUUGAAUAUCAGAAAUUCAGAUGCUUCUAAAUACCCAAAAGCACUUAAGCAAAUAUUCAAAGAGGACUUUCAUGAACAAUCAUCAAGCGAGAGUGCAAUCUCUGUAGAGGAUUUUCAAAAGUCAUCCUCUUCGACCAAUGUACAGACCAAUGUUUUUUCUUUCUGCGAAGAGGGUAAUACUUGUCUGAGUGAAUCCCUAUCGAUACAAGAUGAAACACAGAAAGAAUCCACUGCAGUUCCACAUCAUGAGACUUUUUGUGAUCUCAGGCAAGAAAUUAAAUUGGAAAAAAUGGUCACUGAUGAGAAUGUCGAUAAUCAAUUGAUAAGAAAUCCGGUUGAGAAAAUUUGUUUUUUGGAAUCCAUGGAAAAAUUAAGUAUAAAUGACCCUGACGACGAGCUACGUUUACCAAGUAAAUUGCAUUUGGAAAGAUCUAAAUUGAAAAAAGAAGUAUCCAAAAAGCAAGAGGAUACAAACGAAUCAGUACAAAUUUCUAAUACAGAAUCAUUCAAACCUCGUUGCUACUCUUCGAUCCUCCCUUUGUCUUAUUUCGAUGAAAAAAAAGAAUCAGAAUUUCAGGAAAACGAAAAAGGUGAUAAUAAAAUUCACUCAACUAAGACUGUAGAAUAUUUGAAUUUGAAAAAAAUGUCCAACAAUCUCCUACGAUCAAAUAACGAAAAACGAACGAAUCAUCUAACCCAAACUGGACUCGUUUCAAAACUCAAGAGAAAUUUCGAGGACUCGCAAGAUCAAGAAGUGAAAAUGGAAAUCUCUCAAAACUCCUGUUCCUUGUUUAAAAAAGAACAGCCGACAAGUAAUUUGCCUGAAAUUAAUAUUUCUACUCCGAUAAAAUUUGAAAAAUCCUGUAGUGGAUCUUCGUAUCGUCAUCCGAAGGUGUCUGAAUUUUCGUCCUUGCAAAUCAGGACAUCAUCCUCAGAGUCAAGGUUACCAACUGGAGCACAAUUCCUAAAACAAGAAACUCUGUUAGCCAUGCGAAACAGUCAGGAACGUUUUCCAUUUACAAUUUCCGAAAGCACCAGUAGAAGAUCCUUGAAAUUCAAAGUUUCUGGCCAAACAAAGGAUACCUUUCGAAAGAGUCCUUCAGAUCCGCGAAUCUUUGCGAUUAAUAAAAAUAAAAAUGGACCCACUAUUUUUGAAGACAUUGAAAUACCGUCAAGUUUCAUCAGUCUUAGACCUACGCAAAAUGUGGGCAUGUUGGAAUCGAACAUUUCCGCACUUAGUGCUGAUCAAACGGACACGCGUAAUUUGGUACCGAGGCUCAAAGGAUUCGUGAGAAGAUUUUCAACGAGACUCAAAGGAAGAGCAAAGGAUAAAUCCGUCAGUACCAUGGAGGUCCUUUAUAAAAAUACAGAAUGCCACGUAAAUUCGAAUCAGGACAGCUGCGCUAAUUCUUCCGGAAGCGGAAGUGGUCAGAAUCGUAUACAAUUAGGCUCCGUUGCACAGGACAUGGAAAUAGGAUUUAGUUCAUCCAGAGAAAAAUCCUUAAAGGCACAAAAUUCCUGGGUUCAGGCUCCUGCCAAAAGUCAAGAAUUUGAUGACAUCUGGAUUCAAGAAUUCGACUCCGAGAACGAAUCCGACGAUGUACAAUUUGGCCAUUUAUCACCAGAGAGUAAAACAACUCCAGUGAAAAAUUCGGCAGAUCCUUAUUCUGUAUUUUUAAUUAAAACAGAAACGCCGAAAAAUAUGACCAACAGUUUCGAGAUUUCUCAAAAGAAAAAAAAAUUUGCAGAAAAGUUUAAAAAAUCAUACUCAACACCGACGAUACCCAUGGAUUCAGUAAUGAAUGACAUAUUCGAUCUAAGGGCUGACGAAGACUUGGAAAAUUCAGACUUAGAAAAUGGCUGUCUCUGUUUAAAAUUUUGCCAAGUGAUAAGUCAAAUUUCUAUAGGAACCAAAAAACGUGUGAAAUAUGAAUUACCACUAAAUCGAAGAUUCCGUGCGAGGAUAAGGAAGGAAUCGUAAAACGAUAAAAAAAUUUUAAUCGUUUACCACCUUAUCCACCGUCGAUAAGUUAGAAUCAAUAAAGUCAAUGACACCGUACGUAACUGGUAAAACCAGAUAUGAUCCAAACAAUUCCUACGUCAACCACCAUGACAUC